GUGAGACGAAGAUAGUAUGUUAACUAGGGACAGAAAGAGUGGCCGCAUGACUUGCAACUCGAGGCUUUAUCCAGCCAUAUUCGCGCUCUAUAUUCCUACACUCGUCGAAAACACCUUUUCAAAUGGACUGGGGUAAAUAUCGUUAAUUGAUUCCAAACGAUGAGAGAUCCUAUACUAGCAGUAGACAUGCCGCUGAAUCUCUUGUGUGGCGGUGUCCACCCAUGGCGGGGGUGAGCGAUGCAAGCAAGCCGGAAACGACAUCAUCUCUCUGAGCUUCCGUCCCGCACUAAACCCACAUCCAACACCACCACAAUCACAACCAUCCCCAACUUCCCACAUCAACAGCAUCCCGAACUGUCUUCCAGCCCGCCACAAUCAACGACCAUCUUAUCGGGGAUGGCUACCACCAUCUACAAGCUCACUGCGUCGCUCAAAGGACAUGACGAUGAUGUCCGAGACGUAGCCUUCACAUCGCCAGACUCUGUCGUUUCCGUAUCUCGAGAUUCCACCGUCCGUCUGUGGCAGCGAGGACCAUCCCCUACCCAGUUCGAUGAUCAUAUCAAUUCUACUGGCGCGGCCUUCGUCAACUCGGUAGCCUACAUCGCGCCCACCCCCGACCAUCCAAAAGGCCUUAUCGUCAGCGGCGGUCAAGACACUGUAAUCGACGUUCGAGAACCCGGAACACAGAAUCCUGAUCCGAGCUACGUACUGCUCGGCCAUGCACACAACGUUUGCUCGCUCGACACAUUUGGCGAAGUUAUAAUUUCCGGUUCUUGGGAUGGCACUGCCCGUGUCUGGAGAAACUGGGAGACGCAGUUCGUUCUCGAGGGCCACGAGGGAGCCGUGUGGGCGGUGAUGGCGGUCUCAGAGACGGAGUUCAUUACCGGUGGGGCGGAUAAGACUAUCAGACUGUGGAAGGGCACAAAGUGCGUCAAGGUGCUGAAAGAUCACACUGAUUGUGUCAGAGGGCUUUGCCGAUUACCGAAUGGGCUGUUUGCGAGCUGCGCCAAUGAUGCUACUAUCCGUAUAUGGUCCGCAGAUGGGGACGAACUACAGCAGUUGUACGGGCACACAAACUACAUUUACUCGAUUGCGGCGUUGCCAUCGGGCGAAAUCAUCUCGUCUGGUGAAGACAGGACGGUGCGGAUAUGGAAGGACGGUGACUGUGUUCAGACCAUCACACACCCGGCGAUCAGUGUGUGGUCCGUGGAUGCGUGCGCGGAAACUGGCGAUAUUGCCACCGGUGCCAGUGACAAUAUCGUGAGAGUAUUUUCUCGUGACGGGAAGAAAUGGGCCACAGAGGAGCUCCUGAAGGAGUUCGAUGACAGUGUGGCCAAGUCGAGCAUUCCAUCCAACCAAGUUGGGGAUGUCGAUAAGGGGAAACUACCCGGAAUUGAAGCGCUGCAGAAGUCGGGCAGCAAAGAUGGCCAGGUCAUAAUGGUUCGGAAUGGAGAGGUCGUCGAAGCCCACAUGUGGUCGGCAAGCGCGCAGUCAUGGGCGAACGUCGGCCAGGUUGUUGACGCUAUGGGCUCGAACCGGAAACGGGUCUACGAAGGGAAGGAGUACGAUUUCGUGUUUGACGUCGACAUCCAGGAGGGGGCACCGGCUUUGAAGCUGCCAUAUAACGCCUCUGAGAAUCCGUUCGACGCUGCCCGGAAGUUUCUGGAGAAGAACGAGCUACCUCUGUCCUAUCUGGAUACGGUUGGCAACUUCAUCGUGGAGAACUCGAAGGGAGCUACAAUUGGCCAGCAGCCCGAACCGGAUACCUCGACAUACGAUCCUUGGGGAAGCGGGAACCGAUAUAUCCCCGGACAGCCUGAUUCGAGUUCACGACCUCCGCCUACGCAUGCCAAGGUGCUGCCUCAGAAGGAAUACCUCUCCAUCUUGACGGCGAACCUACCCCUUGUGGAGAAGAAGACUAGACAGCUCAACGACCAGCUGGUACAGGAAGGGAAGACUGAAAUCGCUAUGGGCGCCGGGGAUUUGGAAACACUUCAGGCUCUCUGUAGCGUCCUCGCAGACAAGAACAAAGCCCCGUCACUGUCGGCUGCAGGUCUUCAGCUUCUCGAGAAGCUGAUUAGCAAUUGGCCCCGUCAGCAUCUCAUUCCAGUGUUAGAUCUUCUGAGACUGUCAGCUGGAGCCAGUCCUCUCGUGGCGAAGAUGGAUCUCGUCAGCGUGUUCCACGACUUCGGAACUAUCUCGCAGGAAUCCCCCAACAAUGCCAUGCUGGCUGUGAGAGCAUUCGUCAACCUGUUCCAGACCGAGGAGGGCCGCCAGUAUGCGAUGGAGGCGUUCGAGCAGAUCCUUAAAAUGGCGACAACUGUGAAUAUUGCUGGGAACCGCAACCUCAAAAUUGCUCAAGCUACGUUGAUGCUGAAUUACUCCGUCCUCAUCCAUGCACACAAAUCCAUCGACGCCGCAGUGACUCUCCUCGAAGUAGUCACCAAGGGCGCUAGUACAGAAAUCGAUUCAGAAACCGUCUACCGCUACCUCGUAGCCAUGGGUACGGUCCUCGCCCUCGGGGGUGAGGUCAAAGAAGCUGCGAACGGAAUAUUCGACGUUCGAGGUGCCAUGAAGAGUGCAGCUGGACGGGUCAAAGAAGCAAGGGUUAAUCGGCUCAUCAAGGAAAUUGAGCAGCUGGUUUAGAUUGCUUGUUUUUGAUGGUUGGUAGUUCUUGUUUAGCAUAGCUGGAGUUCGUCUCGUCUUGGAGCAACAAUUGAGAUCUUGAUAGUGAGCGACGA